UGGGUGAGAGCUUCCAUCGCUUGGUUCAGGUCAAUGCACAUGAGUCGCCGAGUGUAACAUGUUUUUACUUGGCUAUUGUUGUGCCAUGUGGGCGAUUAUACUGAUGAUGAUGAUGAUGAUGAGGUUGAUGAUGCCGGUGGCUCAGGUGGGCGGCCUGAAUUACCAUAUCAAAACAAUGCCCUGGAAAAAUUGAGCCAAUAAAAAAGGGCAUUAUGCAAUAUCGCCGGUGUCUGGCUGCCUUCUAAGGGAAUAGCAGCCAAUUUGCCAAAUUCGAGUUGGUUUUUUCGCGCACGGGCAAGGUGAUAAGUUGGGGCGUACUCCGCAUUAGAGGAAUAGUUUGUGCCCAUCCCGCCGAGCGUGCAGAAGUCUUUCAGCAAUAGAAUCGCGUUUUGAACAUGAAACUGUUCCUUCUACUCCUUCUGGGAGCCUUGGGCUCGUUGGCCUAUCCGCGCACCUAUAGUUACGAGUAUCCCCGCCGAAGGGCCUACUCCACAUCGUAUUCCGGGAAUUCGUAUAGCUCCUUGGCCAGUCGGAAGGCCAGGGAAGAAAGUACCACCAGCAAAUCGGACAAGGAGAAUGCCAAGUUUGCCGGCGCUUCCAAUCAGGAGUUGGAUGAAUCCGGCGACGAACGCACACUGCUGCUUAAAAAGAAGCUCAAGAGGUUGGCCAGGCCCUACCUAGGAGGAUAUGGCGGAUAUGGUGGAUACGGUGGAUAUGGCGGAUAUGGAGGAUACGGCGGUGGUCCCUGCUCCCCGUUUGGUCGCGAUGCUCGAGGUGGUCAGAAUCAGAAGGAUCCCGCUGAACAGGGUCGCUUUCUGUUCGACGUGAAUGUGAUCAAAGUCUAUCCAGGCGGAUGUCGCGGCUAUGGAGGCGGUGGUUUGGGUGGAGGUCUUCUGUCGGAUCCUCUCCCACCUGUACAGCCCAUUCCAGUGCCAGUGCGUCCGUACGCUCCAUUUGCCACCUGGCUGUCGCUCUUUGCUCCGGGAAUUCUGAACUCGGCCGUGGUGCCUGGUGUUCCAGUCAGAGAUCCUCUGAGAGAUCCAGUUCGUCCUGGUGAUGCGCAGAGCGAUCCCGAAGUGGAUCCCAACUAUGCGGCACCACCGCCAGUGAGGCGACCUGUUCCGAAUCGUGUGUACUAUGAUUCUGCGGGAGCGCCUCCUGUGACACCUGCUCAACUAGUUGGAGGUGUGGCCACCACAGUGAACGGAAUCAUUCAGCAGUUGACGGGACAAGUGCAGCCAGUUUACCAAACGGGAGGCUAUCGGUCAAGAGAUCAACGAAGCAGCUACGGAUAAGCUACUAUAUACAAAUUUGUAUGCAGCGAUAUGUACAUUUUUAGUGUAGUUUUAAGUAAUAAUAGUAGUGAUUUUAUGUACGAAAUACGUUUACAAUUAUUUAACGAAGUUUAAAUAAUAAAUAAAAGAAGGAAAGUGUUUGUAAUUAUAUAUUAGUUUCUU